AUGGCAGGCCAUGUUGCUCUAAUGAAGAAUGAUGGAGACCCGAAGACAGUUUUGGAAGAAAGUCUGUACGUCUUGGGAAUAAGGAAUAAGGAGGCAGUGGUAGCGAACCGACUGCCGGUGGAUGUUGCGAGAGACCUUAACUUACCACUGAGAUGUAGUGCCGGAAGAAGAAUAAGUAAAAAGGAAAGCCUGACUGCAAGAGGGGCGGCCGAGAUGUGGUACUCCAGCUUCGACGAGUACCAAAGGCUGACAGAGCCGACGUUCGAUAACAACACAGUUGUCAACAACACUGUGCAGCUCGGAGGGACAGCUUUCCUCCACUGCAGAGUCAGGAACCUCGGCGAGAGAACGGUUAUUUAUUUUCACUUCAAAACAACGUUUAAAAUGACUGAGACUCCAUUCAUAACUCUUGACGAAAAUCCAUAA